CGUAAACAACCAACAUGGAAGUCAGCUGAUUUCCUGUGCCAAAGUUUUAUAAGAAUUUGAUAACACUUAUAUAUUGUACAAGAAACAUUGUCACACAAAAAUGUGGACGAAACCUGAUGAAGUGUUAUUAACAAAUGCUCUUUGGGUUACAGAGCGGGCCAAUCCAUUCUUUAUCCUUCAGAGGAGGAAAGGAUAUGGAGGAGGCGGGUUAACAGGACUGUUGGUGGGAACCAUAGAUACUGUAUUAGACAAUAAGACACCACCAUAUAGAAUAUUACACCAAACAACUGAAUCAGAAGUCAGUUUCUUGGUUGCAGUUGCUAACAACAAAAGGGAUAUAAUAAAAGACUGGGAAUGGCUAGAGCAAAAUUUGAUGGAAAUUCUUGGUGCAUUUGAAAAUGAAGAUGAUGCAACAGAAUUUGUGAAAUGUAAAAUAGAAAGUCUAAGAGCUAAUGAAGUUAAAGUAUUUGAUCAAGAUGAAGAAACUGUGAAGUUCAAAACAGCAACACAGAAGUUUAUGAAAUUGUUCAACAUGCCAAAAGAGGAAAAACUAGUUAAUUAUUACUCCUGCAGUUAUUGGAAAAGUAAAGUACCAAGACAGGGCUGGAUGUACCUGAGUAUUAACCAUCUGUGUUUCUAUUCCUUCUUGAUGGGGAGGGAAGCAAAAGUUAUCAUUAGAUGGACUGAUAUAACAAAAUUAGAAGUUGGCAACAAUAUGCUGUUCCCUGAUAGUGUCAAAGUUACAACCAGAGAAGGGGAGUUUUUCUUCUCCAUGUUAUUACACAGCAGUGAAUCAUUCAGACUCAUGGAACAGCUGGCUAACAUGGCUAUGAAGCAAUUAAUGCUUGAAGGAGGAUUCGAAGAAGACAAAACUAUUGCAGAUAGAACUAAAAGGAAGACUCCAAAGAAAAUGUCUUCUAUAAAGAGAGAUCUGGAUGCCAGAGCCAGGAGUGAUGCGUUCAGGUCAUUAUUUAGAUUGCCUUUAUCUGCCAAAUUAGAUGGUGAUGUAGACUGUAUGAUACAGACACCAUAUAACAAACACUAUGUCUGGGGAAGGUUAUAUCUGUCUUCUGGAUAUAUCUGUUAUGGAAGUAGGGUAAGUAUGGGGAAGGUUAUAUCUGCAAUGCUUAGUUCAUUUUAAAAGUUUAUAUCUUGUAAUCUUUCAAUCUUGUAACAGGUACCAGAUUUGGUGACUGUUGUAUUACCUAUCAGAGAGAUACAGUUGGUAGAGAAGAAUGACAACACAUCAGGAAAUGAGCUGGGCAAUAAUGCUCUGAUUAUAACUACAAAGGGAAAGAGCAACUACAUAUUUUCCCAGUUGCCACAGAGAAAAAUGAUUUUGGAGAAGAUAUCAGACUUUUUAUCAAGUCAGCAUAUUCCACAAAGUCCAACAAUGAAAGGUUUAAAAUCAAAAGGUUCAGUAACAGAAGAAGAGAAAGAAGAUGAAGAUACAGUACAAUUUCAGCCUGCACUUGUCAGCUUGUUUCACAGAAGGGAUUCUGAUGAAUUAUCUGCUAAAGAAACUGUCAAGGAACAUUUGUGGAAUGUACACUUUACAGAAUAUGGAAGGGGUGUUUGUAUGUACAGAACACAUAAGACACAAGAUUUAGUAUUGAAAGGUUUGCCAGAGAAAUACAGAGGAGAAAUAUGGCUGUUAUUUUCUGGAGCUAUAAAUGAGAUGGCUACACAUCCAGGAUAUUAUGCCAGUUUAGUGGAACAGAGCUCAGGAAAGUACAGUCUAGCUACAGAUGAAAUUGAAAGAGAUUUACACAGAUCUUUACCAGAACAUCCAGCUUUCCAGUCAGACUGUGGUAUAGGGGCCCUGAGGAGGGUAUUGACAAGUUAUGCUUGGAGGAAUCCUACCAUUGGUUAUUGUCAAGCCAUGAACAUAGUAACCAGUGUUUUAUUACUAUAUACAAGCGAGGAGGAGGCUUUCUGGUUAUUAACUGCUAUUUGUGAGAGACUUUUACCUGAUUAUUAUAAUACCAAGGUGGUAGGAGCUCUCAUUGACCAAAGUGUGUUCGAAGAACUAGUCAAGGACAAUUUACCAACACUUCACCAGAAAUUACAAGUUUUAGGACUGCUUAGUAUGAUCUCAUUAUCAUGGUUCCUGACUAUAUUUCUAAGUGUGAUGCCAUUUAAUUGUGCUGUUCACAUACUAGACUGUUUCUUCUAUGAUGGUGCUAGUGUAAUAUUUCAAAUAGCUUUGACAAUAUUAGAGCAAAAGAAAGAAGAACUUGAGAAUUCAAAAGAUGAUGGUGAUGCCAUGACAAUACUUAGUUCAUAUUUAGAAAACGUAUCUAACCGGGAUUCCACAAUGCCAAAUAUAGAACAUACCAGUAUGCUGUGUUCAAAGAAAUCUGAUGUGCCUUCAAUAGAUGUGAGUGAUCUGAUAGAUGAUAGCUACAGAAAGUUUGGUCAUAUCAGCAACCAAGAAAUAGACAAACUUAGACUCAAAUAUAGACUUCAAGUUGUUCAGAAUAUAGAAGACAGUACUAUGAGGAACAUCAUCAGAAGUGUGGCAUCAGAUACAUUAUUCAAAGGCCAGGAACUCAAAGAUUUAUAUGUCUUAUUUAAGGAAGAGUAUUUAACCUCAUGUUACUGGAGAACUCACCAACAACCAGUAGAUACUGCUGAUAAAUAUGACCCUAGUCGACCUUAUUAUGAACUCUACAAGAUUGACUUUGACCAAUUUAAAACCUUAUUUAUAUCUCUGUCUCCCUGGGCAACAGGACAACAUGCUGAGAAGAUGGCUCUGUAUAUGUUUAGGUUAAUCGAUGAAAACAAGGACAACAUGAUAAACUUCAAAGAAUUUGUUUACAUCCUGGGUGUAGUAUGUAAAGCUGAUAUAACACACAAACUCAAGCUGUUGUACACAUGUCACCAACCACCAGCCUUACUACCAACAGAUACACUGGAUGAGGAGUCCGAUGAUGCUCCGGUCUCUCCUGUUUCAGCUGCAUCAACAGAUGUUGCAGAAGAAGCUACAGAUUUCUUUACGGAUGAUAAAUCUUUAACAGAUUCUACUAAAGAUGAAAUAGAAUUACCUGGUGAUUUUAUUGAGGAAGAUGUGCCUGUCGAGGAACCAGAAGAACCAGGAACAAAUGAGUCUGGUAUAGGAGACAAUGGAGCACAGAAAUCCUUAGAAGAACAGCCUAUUGACAAUUCACAGGAAACUGGUUCUUCUCAGGAUACUGAGAAGACUGGAGCUGAAGGAGAUGGGUCCAGUGUAAAAGCACUUGGAGCUGAAGGAGAUGGGUUCAGUGUGGAAGUCCCUGAAGCUGGUGGAUAUUAUAAAGCUACGGAUAUUCAGUACAGCUACAGAAAGAUGGCUGAAAAGAAACGAGAGUUAAAUAGAUCAGAUAGCAAAGCUGAUUUGAAAAAUGUACCAAGGUUAACUCAGGUUCAGUUCAUUCAGUUAUGGAAAACUUUGUAUGACAUGUUUCAUGAUCAUCCCCAUGAGCAACAGUUAUACCAUUCCAUAGCAACAGUGGGAACUCUUCUUUUGGAGAUUGGGGAGGUAGGAAAACGCUUCUAUUUGAAGUCAGUAUCAGAAAGUUCACAAGGUGAAGGCUCUGUAUCUGUGAGUGAAGUGGACUCAGUUGCAGCGUAUGUAAAGAAUGUAACCAUUGAUUCUAGUCCUAGUAAAAACUCUGGAAGCCCAGAAACGAAAGAUAAUGCUGAAAAAUCAAAUUCUAUUGAUGAUUCAUCAUCAGCAAUGUCUGGAGAAAAUUCAAAUGUUACACAGCAGGACAGUGGCAUUUCUGAGCAAUCAGCAGACAGUUUACAAAGUAGUACCUCAGACUCAUCUUCACAACCUCAUUCAAAACCAGAUUCUGAUUGGUCAAUAUCAUUUGAACAGUUUAUAGCUUCUAUGUUAACUGAACAGCCAUUGGUUGAAUACUUUGAAAAAAUUAUAGACAUAACAGAGGAUAUUGCAAAAAUGAGAAACAGGCGUCUGUUGACUAGACAACAGAGCACAUGGGAAACACAAAAACAGAAUAGCAAGAAGUAAAGCUAACAGGAAAUAACAGUUAUUUCACAGAGUUUCACCAUUGUUUUCUAUUUACAAGCAAGAAGAUUUUUAAUAUAACAGGUUAAAGGAGUAGGCUCACAAAAUGUAAAAGUUGGCCCUAAAAAUUUUGAAAUUUCAGCUCAGAACUUAUAUAACAAACAUUUGAAAAAAAUGGAAAAAUUUGUAAAAACAAAAAAAAGUAAAAAAUAAUUUUUCACACAUUGCACCAGUGAUGAUUCCAUAGUUUUCAUUUCAUAGGUUGCAGUCUUAACUUUUGACUGAUUAUUGUCUAAAUUCAGGUAGUUUUUAUGAGAUUUAUUUUUUAACCCAUUUGAUUUUGGUCCAUGAAACUGACUAAUAUAUUUAGGAACGAUCUUUUCCUUAAAAUGAAUUGAAACUGCAAAUCUUGGUUAGUACUGGAAUAGUUUGUUGUUUUUAAUACUGCUGUCUAAAGCGGAUAACAAACAGAAAUAAUCUUUAGUUUAUUUAAAGUUGAACAAUUUUUUAAUGAAAUAUUCAUUUUCAUUUUUGAUUGCCCCUUGGUUUCUUCUUCCACCUUUUUCAGUUGACAAAAUUUUGAUUUUAAGAUCAGUUUUAAACCAUCUUGGCUCUACUUCUUUUGUACACUUUUAAACAUUCAGGGUUAUUACAUUUAGUAAAGGCUUCAUGGUUUAUAUGUAUGUAGAAUAUUAUUUUUGGGCAUUUCCAUUAUACUUUAACCUAUAUAUCGUAAUAUUUGUUGUGAAUGAAUUUCAUCAUGUCAGUUAAAAAACACAACAACCAUUGAAAACAGUUUUUGGUUCAUCUCCUACUGGUUUCACUGUAUAGUUCUUAUGCAAUUUUUUUUUAACAAUAAUAUGGUACAUGUACAACCUCAUAUAUCAGCUGUUGUUCCACAAUAUAGAAAAAAACAUAUUUCUUGUUACAUCACUGCUAAUAUCAUCAUAUCAGAUGUUGACAAUUAGAAUUAUGAGUCAUCAUUGUAUACUCUGCUAAAACAGCAUAUUUUUAGGAAGCUUCCAUUUAUCUUUGGUGCUUUGAAUCUAAAUGUGCAGUAUUGAUGUUUAUUCAUUCAUUCUGGAUUAUUCAUAGCCCUCAAUAUAUUUGGCAGUAAUGCUGCAAUAUUCCUGAAUAUUUUUUGUAAUUUGUUAUGAAAUUUUUUGGGGUAAAUAGUCCAUUGAUAUUCUGACUGAUGCUUUGCUCUAAACAAACUUAGAUAUUAGAAGACUAUUGAGUUGCUCUACCUGUUAUUACAUUCUGUACUUAAAACAUUACUCAUCAAUGAUAGAGCCUUUAAACUUUCUACAAUGUUUGUAUAUAAAUUUAAAGUAUUCACUUCACUUUGUGUACACAUUGAGAUAAUUUGUUGAUUUGUUGAAUCAGAAUAUUAUGUAUGGUACAGAGCGAUACAUUAUAUAAAUAUAUAUUUUGUUCAUAUAAAUGCAAAGAUCUUACGUUUUUUUCUUAUUUCUUUAAAAACGGUUGUUAGUUAAACAGGUGCCAUAGAAAUAAAUAUGUACUGCCCUUUGCAGAUUCUUAUAUUCAGCAAAAUUUAUCAAUGAUCUUAUUUCUGCUUUUGAUAGUUGUAUAUAUUCUCAAAAAACAUAUCUUUUUUUUGGAACUGGCCAAGUCUAUCUAAAUGGUUUAUUUGUAGUAGAAAACUGUCUGAUAACACAGACCAAAACCAUUUUCAUGAGAAAUGUGGUGAGCUUAAGUAUUAAUUCAUAAUAUGUUUCUCAGUUGAACAUUUUAAGUAAGUAACUUGCAGGAACUUUAUAAUGAUUUUUUGUACCAAGCAUAAUGAUAUGCAAAAAUAGAUGUCGGAUCUGUACCAGUAAAAAUAUAGAAGAUAAAAAUCAUUCAUUUCUUUUCUAUCAUUCAUCAUCAUUUCACCAUAAUACGGAAAUGUAUAGGGAAAUUGUACAAUGUAAUAAUGCACUGUGGACAAAAAUGAUAUGUUACAAUUAAUCCCAUUUUAGGAAUUACUGGAUAAGAGCAUUAGUAUAUGUAUUUAUAUGUCAUAAAUUAAAAGCAUGUUGAAAGUGGUUUUGUCACUUACAGGUUAGGCAAACAAUAGUCUUUAACAAAAACUGGUAUACAAAUUGAAAUUAAAAAGUAUGCUCAAAAUGUUUUUACAAGUAUGCAUGUCUUAAUAUACUGGGUAAUUGAGUUUAUUUGUUUAUCAGUCAGAUCGACUGAAAUUUGAAUGAGAUUUAUUUAUUGUACAUGUUUUAUUGUGGUGAAAUUUGGUAGGAAGUUUGGGAUAUGGUUAUUUGUUUGUUAAAUUUUGUAUUUGUAAUACUUUGUUUAUAAUCAUAUUUAGGUUUGGUUUUUUAGUCUUUGAAAAAAUCAAACACAGUCCAUGCAAGACAGAUUUGCAUAAUGAUAUGUUCCUAGUACACACUAUGAUUAAGGUUGACAUGUGUAAAAUCUUCAAAAGGAAAAUAAAUCAGUAGAAAACAGAAUACAUGCCAUUCCCUGUGUAAAUUGACAGUUGUUUUGAUGCCCUAUCUAUGAUAUAAGGGGUCAAUUAGUGCAUUUGACUGACCGUUAAUUUGUCCAUCUGUCCCUUAAAAGGGUGAAACUUUUGGUUUAAUAUGAUUAAGGUCAUUUGAAAUUUUAGUCAGUCACACCAACUUGAAACUUAGUUCACAUAUACAGUAUGACGAUUUAUGCCAGUAUUUUGACCCAGACUUUCCGGUUCACUGAACAUGGAAAACAUUUCAGGUUAAAUUUUGGUUGAAGAUAGUAUACCAUGAAGUUGUGUACACAUCAACUUUAAAAUUUGUACACAUGUUUAUUAUAAUAUGAUCUUUUUAAGAUACAUGCCAAAUUAGGGUUUCAAAUUUCACUGAACAUAAAAAUGUAUCUGGUUAAAGUUUUGGAUUAAGGUAUAUUAUACUAUGAAACUGUAGUCACAUCAACUUGAAACUUUGUACACAUGUUUAUUAUAUUUAUGAUACAAACUUUUGAAAAUAUAUGCCUAAGUAAUGUUUUUGAACCAGAUUGCAUUGUUAAUUGAACAUGGAAAUUUGAUAGUGAGAGCAGGGCAUGGUUCCAACUGACACAUAUUCUUGUUUGCCCUCUGCUUUAAUUGAAUAAAGGAAACUGGAGUGUCUGUUAUAAACAUGUAAGCUAGCUUAAUUGUAUAUCUUGUUGAAUAACCACUAUUCAAACUUCAAAGUGCUUAAAUUUUAUACCCAUUGAAUGCGCAAAAAGCUUGGUCAAAGUAAUAUAUCCGAUUCUUUUUAAUACAUCACAGCAUGUGCUGGUUGUAUAAAUGUUGCAUAAUUUAUAUUUUAUAUGUUAUAUUGUUAUAGAUAAUUGUAUGAUAAUGAUUUCAGUUACAUUUAAUUAAUGUUUUUUGUUGAUGAGCUGUUCAUGAAAUUUAAGAAUUGUGAUAAUUGUUUUUUUUAUUAAACUGGACCUUAAUUGUAAUCAUAAUCAAAUUAUGAAAUAAUAUUUUUUUUGUAGGUUUUUGUCUCUUACCAUGUAUUUACAGUGUUCAAGUCCCCAAGGUACUUCUCCCUGCUGGCAAAGUGGGAGACACUUACAUUUUAAAAAAUAAUCGUGUUCAAAUUUGGGUGGCGUCACUUUUACAAAUCUCAAGUUAUGUCCCUUUGUAACAUUAUAUGCAAGCGGGUGGCAUCAUAUGUGUCCCAAUGACACAUUCUCCAUUUAUUGACGUAGUUAUAGAGGUUUAAAAUGACUUGAAAAUUAUUUAAAGCUAAUUUAUACUCACUGAUUACAUGUGCAAUAGAGUUGACUUGUAUCUUAACUGUUAGAUAUUUUAUUGUCUUUGGCUUAGUGAUAAAAUUCUUGUUUGAUUACUGCCAUUUCUUAUUAAGUAAUGUCAUCUACUAAAUUUCAAAAUUACUUAACAGCUUACAUACAUUUUUAGGCCUUGAUUGAAAAUCCAACAUAAGAAACUGUGGGAGAUAUUUUAUUGAAUAUAAUUAUCAAUGCAUAUAUGAAUGUUUUUUAGCAUGCAGAUGAAAGUUCAUGUUUAAAAAGUCUGUCAUGUAUCUCCAGUUCACAGCUGUAAUUUGAAAAAUAAUGUCUUUUUAAGUGAUGAUUGAAAGAGAGAAGUAUGUUUAACUUCAGAUUUCUUCUAAUGCAAUGUAUAACUGAAAAAUCGUUUUUUAUUUAUGUAUGUUUUAUAAAAAUGUUACAAUAUUUGAAUUGUAGAUUAGAUUAUUUAUUUCUUAUAUAUGACUCUUGGCAUUACCUUACAUGCUUGUUAUAUUAAUAUCAAAUUCUUUUUUAAAUUGGUUUUGUAUGAAUAAAUUGUGAGUUCCAUCUAUUGCAGAAACAAUUUAUAAUGAAAGUAAACAAUACACAUUUGACUACAUUAAAGUUCAAAAUUGAUUAUAUAAUUGAAAAAAAUUUACAAGUGUUGAUGCUUCUACAAUUUUGCUAACACCAAUUAUUUCCCACAAAACUACUAAAUUUACUAAAGAUUGAAAAUACAUGAUAAAAAUAAUUUUAGAGAAUUUUAACACUAUCAAACUUGAUAGAUAUCUAGGAGAAAUAAAGGUAUAGGACAUUUGUCUACUUCAGUUUGUUGUAGAGCUAAAUAUUUUCACCCCAAAGGUCCCACUUUCCAGCUUUUAUGAAACAAAUACUAGUAUUCUUUCAACUAAAUUUAUAAAUCAAUAAUCAAUUUGAAUAACAUUUUAAACAUGUACAAUUUAUGUCAAAUAAACUUUAAUCAAAUAUAGUAGAAAUUGCUUGAAAAUAAAAGAAUAAAUCUUAUUAUUUUAUUAUAUAUAAAAUAGAAAUACAGUUCAGUUUAGGAGGCAGAUGAGAAACAAUUUUGAUGUAAAAAUCAUGCUAGCCUAGAACUUAUGAUUUAAACAGAAUUAAAGUACACACCUUAUGCAUUUAAAGGUAAGAGAAUUAUAUCUUUUUUGAAUUACUGAAUAAGGUUUCUUUUUUUCAUUGUUAUAUUAAAAGUUAAUUUUGAAUUAUAAUAGAUAAUAAGUUGAAUAAUAUUUAUCAUGUCCUUGGUAGUAUUGACAUACUGUGCUAAAAUAAAAAAAACCGAAAGAGUAUUUAAAAUUUCACAUAUGCACAGAAAAGUACUAUUUGAAACCUUUAUUUUUACUGCUGUUAAAGUUUAUACUUGCAUUUAUUUGUUUUCUUCAAGUAUGUCAACUUUUCUAAUAAAUAAAAAUUAUACGACCAUU